AAUACUACUCAGACUCUUUGUUUUUUCCACACUCAUCUCACUCUAUUUUCCCAGCUUCAAAAGGUUUAGGUUAAGGAUUAGGGUUUUAACUUUUCCCAAAAUCAAAGAAAUCAAAAUUCAACAAUGGCAUCUACAUCAACAACCCCGGCAUCAACAUCAGGAAAGAAGGUCAAUCUCAAGAGUUCUGACGGUGAGAUUUUCGAAGUCGACGAAGCAGUGGCAUUGGAAUCACAAACCAUCAAGCAUAUGAUUGAGGAUGAUUGCGCUGAUGAAACCGGAAUCCCUCUCCCAAUGGUGACCAGCAAGAUUCUGGCCAAGGUCAUUGAGUAUUGCAAGAAGCACUCCGAACCAGCGAAAACUGAUGAAUAUGAUAUGCCUGUUGACGAGGAUGAUAUCAAGAAGUGGGAUGCUGAGUUUGUCAAGAUUGAUGAUCAGGAUACACUAUUUGAUCUAAUUUUGGCUGCAAACUUCUUGGACAUCAAGAGUUUGUUGGAUCUUACAUGUAAAGCUGUAGCGGGUAUGAUGGAUGGUAAGACACCGGAGGAGAUUCGCAAGACUUUCAACAUUAAGAAUGACUACACUAAGGAGGAAGAGGAGGAGGUUCGCCGCGAAAAUCAGUGGGCUUUUGUAUGAAAAUUAGACAUAGAGUGAUGAGUUUAGAGAGUAAAGUUAUGUUUUUUUUUAUGCAUUAUUAUAUUUUAAUAUCUUGGUAUCUCAAUUGAGGAUCAGUUAUAUGGAUUAAUGUUAUGUUUAGUUUUAUUAAUCAAAUAGCUGCAAUGCAAUAUUUUGGUUUAUAUAUGAUUAGUACUUGUUAAUCUGUUCUUAA